AUGGUCACCGUCGCAGUUGCAGGAGGCACCGGCGAUCUGGGCCGUACGAUCGUGGAUGCGCUAAAGGAGAGCCCAAACCACAAGGUCAUUGUCCUGGCACGCAAAGAAUCCAAGGCUCCAGAGAUAGACGUCCCCGUCUUUGCGGUCGACUACGGCGAUGUCGAGUCGGUGUCUCGUCUCCUCGAGACAAACGACGUCCAUACCGUGGUCUCUGCCCUCAGCAUCAGAGGCCCCACUGAGGCCGCCUCCGAGAUCAGUCUCGUCAAGGCUGCAGCAAUGGCGAAGGCGACGAAACGCUUCGUCGCGAGUGAAUACGGUACUUUGGCGCCUACUGACAGGAGCAUACAGUUGCCACAGCACGAAUCCCGCCUCGCCGUGAUUGCCGAGUUGCAAAAGACCGACCUGGAGUGGACGCGCAUCCACAACGGCUAUUUCCUCGACUAUUUCGGCAUGCCGCACGUCGAGAGCCACAUGACGCCAGUCGCUUUCACCGUGGACAUGGCCAACAAGGCGGCAGCCAUCCCGGGCACGGGCGACGACGUCGUCGCCUUUACAUACACGAGGGAUCUGGCCAAGUUUGUCGUCGCGGCACUCGACCUGCCUGUGUGGGACGAGGCCAUGUUCUGCUAUGGAGAUAAGAUGACGUGGAAUGAGUUUCUGCGCGUGGCCGAAGAGAUGAGAGGCUCAAAGUUCACGGUCGCAUACGAUAGUGUCGAGACGCUGGAGAAGGGCGAGAUGACCGAGCUGCCCUCCCAUCCUGCGGUCUAUCCUUUCUUCCCGAAGCCCAUGUUUCAGCAAUAUUUCAGCAAGUUCGCAUUGUAUGUCACGUUGGGGUUGUUCGAUUUGCCGGAGGAUGGGUCUCUGAAUAGGAAAUUCCCGGACAUCAAGCCCACCACGGUCAGAGAGAUGCUCAGUGUCUGGGUGGGCAAGUAG